CUUCCUUUCACACUGAGGAGGAUUAUGUUUUACCUAACCCCAAAUACCCAUCAUAUAAAUCCAACAUCUUCCUAAUCAUUUUCUUCCCCAUUUUCUCAUUAAAGUUUCAAUUUUUUUUGUACCUCAGUUUGGGUUUUUGCUCUACAUUGAAAGAUGAGAAGCAAUCUGGAGAACAACAGCUCAAAUACCCACAUCCCAAUCCUCAAGUUCUUGGAUUGUUCUCUGAGGCUUUCUGUGGUUCCUCUUAGUGUUGCAACAAUAUGGAUAACUGUGACUAAUGACCAGGAAAACAGUACCUAUGGAACCAUAAAGUUCAGCAAUCUUUUGGGACUCAAGUAUAUGGUGUUCAUUUCUGCCAUAUGUGCCGGUUAUGCUUUUGUCGCAGUUGUGGCUUCAUGGUUCAAAUGCUUAGUUUCCAAAGCUUGGAUUUUCUUUGUCUCAGAUCAGAUUGUAGCAUACUUGAUGGUAACAUCAGGGGCAGCAGUGACAGAGAUAUUGUACUUGGCUUACUAUGGUGAUCAGAAAGUGACGUGGAGUGAAACCUGCAGUUCAUAUGGGAAAUUCUGCUAUAAAAUGAAAGUAGCCUUAAUUCUCCAUGCCUUGGUCUUCUGCUGCUUCAUUUUCUUGGCUGCGAUUUCUGCUUAUAGGGUGUUUAGUAUGUUUGAGUCCCCUUCUCUUUCUUCUAAGGAAGGGGAGGAAGAAAGGACAUAGAAUUACCAUCCUAUCUUCCUCACAGGCUUUAUGCAUGCCACUGCAUCCUAUGUAGAGGGAUUGUUACGGACUGCAAUUCACUUUUCUAAUAUAUUUAUACACUCAAAUAAAAAUGUUGUGUGUGAUUUUGUUUCUAUAAUAGAUUUGAGAAAAUAAAAAAUUAAGAUAUGU